GGCGCGUGACGGUGAACAACGGAAGCCGAGCAGGAAGUGAGGGGCUGUGCGGUGUAGAGAAUGUCGUUCAAACGGGAAGGGGACGAUGGCAGCCAGCUCAAUGUACUAAAGAAGCGGAGGGUUGCCGAUCUUCUAGCCAGCUUUAUUCCCGAGGAUGAGGCCCUGCUGAUUAAAAAUGGAAGUUACGCCUGCACCGUGUGUUCUCACCGACCGGUCUUUGACACAAUUGAUAUGCUGUCUGUUCACAGAAAUGGGAAGAAACACCUGGCCAGUUUGCAGUGGUUUUAUGGAAAGAAGGACAAUUUCAAGAACGAGGUCCAGAAGCGGCAGCAUGAACGGUUUGUGCGAGCAGAAGAGACCGGGGAACAGAUGCCCAUUGGUCCGGCCCCUUUGCUGACGCAGACAAGGAAAAUUACCCAGCAUGCUUUGCUAAAAGCUACUCCCUACAAUAGUUGCUGUUCUCGUAACAGGACAGCUGACGCAAGCAGAAAGAUCAGUCCGUUCGGUGCUAGCCCUGCUCCUGACACUGUGCCGAACCUCCCGCAGAGAACAACAGAAACCUCCCAGCCUGGACAGUGCGACAGAUCCCUAGAUGUUGAGAAGCAGACGACAGAGUGUCCCAAGCCCAGCACCGGCCACAAAAAGAGAGGAGCAAAGCGUUCAGAGAGUGAGGCCGACAGUACUGACCCUGAGAGGACGAGAGCCAUUCAGCAUUACCUUCUACUAAAGAGCUCCGGGUGGAUUCCAAACAGAUCAGGAAAAUGGGUAAAAGAUCCGGAUGUGGAAUUUGAUUCAGAUGAAGAAGAACCCCCAGUGCUCCCCCACCCUGACACAUGAACCCCUGGGAAAAAAAGCACAGUUCUGGAUCAGCGACUGUCCAAUGAAUGACAAUGUCCGGAUUGGGAAGGAUACCCAACUUUAAUUUGGUUAUUCUACAAGUUAAGAAUCCUGAAAACAGAGCAGACAUUUCUAUAAUAAUCCAAAAUGUUUUUAGCAUCCUAUGGGUGCGUGAGGAGUCCUGGGCAUUUAAUAGCCAGAUCCUGUGUCCGUGAGGCAGGUUCCCUGGACUGGAUCACCAGACCAAUAUAUUUCUUAUCACCUAGACGCAGCAGGACUUGUGCCAUGCUUUAUUUGUGAUAGUCACUGGGUGUCAGGAUCUUAAAGAAUAACAUGUAGAAAGAUCUACAACCGUCACUUUCUGUGUGUGUUGACUGGGAUUUCUGAGAGUCAUAGUUAAGUAACAGCUUGACGUGUGUGUUUGAUUGAUCCUGGUUCUUGUUAAUCCAUUCUACCUGGUUAACUGCAGUGCAGCAAUUGCCUGAUAGAGGGCGCUACAGGACAAACGCUGCUCAGUAUUUAAAUCCUAUCAGUCCAGGAACACUGCAUAUAACUGACAAGAUCUCUAUCGAUAUAUUAAAGGUGGGGGUUUACUCUGAAAUAUUGCAUUUUUGAGGUUAACAUAAAAUAAAACCAAACCGAUUUUCACAUAAUAAA